CUCGGAGAUGUGUGUCAGGAGCAGCCAAGAAUUAUGGACCAUCUUACUGGGGAGAUCUGCAUUGAGGGAACCGGCUCAAAUAGAGGCAGAACUGGACCGAAAUUGGGAACGAUUACUUCAAGGACUGUGUUACUACAAAGCACCCAGUUCAUCGUCGGCGGAUAAACUGAAAGCGGACAAAGAUGUGGCCCAACCGUUGAAGGACUUUGGUCUGAGGAUCAGUAAACUGCUGGGUCUGGAUCAACAACAGAGUGUACAGAUUUUGCAAUGUUACCUACAGGAAGAUUACAGAGGGACCCGCAACACACUGAAGGUUGUUCUUCAGGAUGAGAGACAGAGCCAAACUCUACUUAUGAAGAUCGCUGACUAUUACUACGAGGAGCGCGUGUGUCAUCUGCGAUGCGUCCUCCUCCUGCUGACAUACUUCCAGGAUGAGAGACAUCCCUAUAGGGCAGAGUACUCCAACUGUGUGAACAAGCUUAAGAAGGACCUGGUCAACAACUACCAGAAGCAGUUUGUGACCCUGUUCAAAGCUGAAGCCCCAAUAUGGGAGACGCACGGCAACCUCAUGAUGGAGAGGCAGGUGUCCCGCUGGUUUCUACAGUGUCUGAGGGAGCAGUCGCUUCUGCUGGAGAUCCUCUUCCUGUACUACGCCUACUUUGAAAUGGGCCCUGGGGACCUGCUCAGCUUCACCAAGAUGUUUAAGGAGCAGGGCUUCGGUUUGAGACAGACCAACAGACACCUGGUGGAUAAGAGCAUGGACGCCCUUGUCGACCGCAUCGGGUACUUCAGCUCUCUGAUCCUGGUGGAGGGCAUGGACAUAGAUUUCCUCCACAAGUGUGCCCUGGAGGACCGCAUGGAGCAGCACCAGUUCUCCAACACCCCCGAUAUCAGAAAGGAAAUGGACCAGAUGCUGCUGACGUUUGGGGACAUCCCCCACCAUGGGCUGGUGCUGCUGGCCUGGGUCCUGCUGCGACACACCCUGAGCCCAGACGAGUCCAGCCCCGUCAUCAGACGCAUUGGGAACACCUCCCUACAGCUGGGGGUGUUCCAGUACCUCACCACCAUGCUGCAGGGCCUGGGAGGCACUGGGAAUAAUUGUACGGCCAGUACAGCUCGGAUGUGUAUCUACGGCCUCCUCUCCUUUGUCAUCACCUCCUUUGAAGAGGAGACGCUGGGCAGCCAACAGCAUCUGAUCAAUGCAGCGUGUGAAGUCCUCUCUGCUCCCAGUCUUGCUGAGCUUUUAUGGGAAACGAAGCCCAAAAUGGGAUUGGGAAUGAUCUUGGAUAGCGCUAUGGGAAUGUUCCCAUACAAGACUGGUCCGCUGUUACAGCUCCUCACCGCUCUCCUGUCCGAGAAGUCCACCGCAAAGAAGGUGUACACUUUCCUGGACAAGAUGUCGUUCUACACAGAACUCUACAAAACAAAGCCCAAUGACAUCAUCUCUAGAGACGACGAGACACUGUGGAGGAGACAAGCACCCAAACUCAUCUACCCUCUCGGCCUGGGCCAGACCAACCUGCGGAUGCCUCAAGGUGUGCUGGGUCAGGUGGCUGUGGGGGAGCAGGGCUACAUGGUGCGCUGGGACUACUCCUACAGCGCCUGGACCCUGUUCACCUGCGAGAUAGAGAUGCUGCUCCACGUUGUCUCAACUGCAGAUGUGAUCUUACACUGUGAGCGUGUGAAGCCCAUCCUGGACUUGGUCCAUAAGAUGAUCAGCACAGACUGGACCGUGUCUGACUGUCUGCUGCCCCUCACCUCCCGCAUCUACAUGUUACUGCAGAGGUUGACGUCAGUCAUCAACCCUCCAGUGGAUGUGAUAGCAUCCUGUGUGAACUGCCUCAUUGUCCUGGCUGCUAGGAUGCCUGGCAAGGUUUGGUCCAGCUUGCACCACACUGGCUUCCUGCCUUUUGCCUCCUCGCCUCUGACCAACGUGGCACAAUCCAUCAGUGCUGAGGGGAUGAAGGCAGGUAACUAUGGCAACCUGCUGGUCCUGAUUGAACAGCCCAAAGGGGAGUACGCUGUGACUAUCGCCUUCCUGCGCCUCGUCACCACCCUGGUCAAGGGCCAGCUGGGCAGCACCCAGAACAAGGGCCUGGUCCCCUGUGUGUUGCUGGUGCUCAAGGAGAUACUGCCCAACUACCACAAGUGGCGCUACAACACCUAUGGUGUCAGAGAGAGAAUCGGUUGUCUGAUCCUGGAGCUGGUCCAUGCCAUUCUGAACCUCAGUCCAGAGGGAGAGGCCAGUAGCAGCACUCCAACCCUUCAGUCUCUGUGUAUCUACAGUCUGGCUAACACUGAGGCUGGCCAGGCGGUGGUCAACAUCAUUGGGGUCGGAGUGGACACCAUAGACGUGGUGCUGGCUGCUCAGCCCAGCAGUGGUGGCUCUGAGGACCCGGGUCAGAUCCUCAUCCAGACGGUAAAGCUGGCCUUCUCCGUCACCAACAACGUGAUCCGCCUCAAGCCAUUAUCGGACGCCAUGUCGCCACUGGAGAAGGCGCUGACGCAGCAUGGUGGCCACGGCAGCAACCUGAUUGCCGUGCUGGCCAAGUACAUCUACCACAAACACGACCCGGCCCUGCCGCGCCUCGCCAUCCAGCUGCUCAAGAGGCUCGCCACGGUGGCGCCCAUGUCGGUGUACGCCUGCCUGGGCGGUGACGCGGCGGCUAUCCGGGACGCCUUCCUGACGCGGCUGCAGAGCAAGACGGAGGACAUGAGGAUCAAGGUCAUGAUCCUGGAGUUUCUCACCGUGGCCGUGGAGACCCAGCCGGGCCUCAUUGAGCUCUUCCUCAACCUGGAGGUCAAGAACAGCACAGAGGGGUCUAAGGAGUUUGUGCUGGGUGAGUGGAGCUGUCUGCAGGUGGUGUUGGACCUGAUCGACUCCAGGCAGCAGGGGAAGUACUGGUGUCCCCCCCUGCUGCACCGCGCCACCCUGGCCUUCCUCCACGCCCUGUGGCAGGACCGACGGGACAGCGCCAUCUCUGUCCUACGCACCAAAGAUAUGUUUUGGGAAAACCUGACCACGCCUCUGUUUGGAACCCUCCCCUCCCCCUCAGACAUCACAGAGCCUUGUUUUCUGGAGACCUGUGCCUUCGUCAUGAAAAUCAUCGGCCUUGAGAUCUACUAUGUGGUCAGUGGCUCCCUGGAGAAGUCUCUGAAGGACGCGCUGCAGAAGUUCUCCAGCGGGCGGCACUAUGAAUACUGGUCCCAGUACCUCAAGUCCCUUGUGGUGCACGUGGCCGAGACUGAGGAAGAGGGCAUGUGCUCGUUCUCCGAAACCCUGAUGGUCAUCUCAGCCUGGUGCAUGCUGCUCAUCCUCUCCACCAGUCACUCAGAUGUGAUGCAGUUGAAGGAGGACUCUGCCAGACUGAAGCUCUUCAUGGACGUACUGGACGGGACCAAAGCUGCUUUGCUGGUGCCCAUGUCGGUGCCCUGUCUACGUCUGGGAUCCAUGAUGGCUACCCUCCUGCUGAUCCUGCUCAAACAGUGGAGAAGUGUGGUGGCCACGGCCCCUGACGUGUUGUCUCCCCUCACUCUGAUCCUGGAGAGUGUCCUGCAGAGCGACCAGCAGCUGAUGGCGAGGACCAAGGCCAAGGUGUUCUCUGCCCUCAUCUCUGCGCUGCAGAUACAGGGCCUCAAUGCAGGUGGUGAGAUUUCCCAGCUGCCCCAGCUACUGCUGUGUGUGUGUGAGACUGUGCAGGAUGAGGCGCUGGCACUGAUUGACAGCACGCGUCACACGGCCCAGGCAGGGGACGUCCCUGAGGACAAGGACAGCAUGGAGACGGACGCCCCCCGUAGCUUCCAGAAGGACCAGAGGGACGGGGUGUGUGUGCUGGCGUUACACCUGGCUAAGGAGCUGUGUCGUGCCGACGAGGACGGGGAACACUGGGUUCUAGUGAUGAGGAAGGUUCCCGUUCUCCACUCGGUUCUCAGCACUCUAGAACUGAGCCUUCGAUCCAAACAGAACCUCUACUUUACUGAGGCUGCCCUGCAUCUGCUCCUCACGCUGGCCCGCACGCCACAGGGGGCAGCAGCAGUAGCCAGGGCCGGAGUCAUCCAGAGUAUCUGUCUCCCACUGCUCAGUGUCUAUGAAGUGCCCUCCAAUGGAGCCUCGCAGGGUUUCUCCCGUAAGUCCCAGGACUCUCCGUGCUGGCCUGGGGUGUACCGCCUCUGUAUGUCCCUCAUGGAAAGCCUGCUCAAGACGCUGCGCUACAACUUCAUCAACGAGGCCCUCGACUUUGUUGGAGUGCACCAGGAACGCAUAUUGCAGUGUCUGAAUGGGGUGCGGACGGGCCAGACUCUGGUUUGUCUGGACGAGGCUGACCACACGGUGGGCUUUCUGCUGCAGCUGUCCAGCUUCUGUAAGGAGUGGCAGUUCCACCUGCCCCAGCUGCUCCAAGAUGUACAGAUUAAUCUGUGUUACCUUUGCCAGACGUGCACGUACCUCCUCCACAGCAAGAAGAUGCUCCAUCACUACCUCCAGGCUAAGAAUGGGGAAGCGCUGUCCUCUGGCCCCCAUGCCCAGAGGGCACCUCAGACCCCCUCCAAAGCUGCAGCCGGAUGUGGGGGAGGGGAGAGGGAGGAGGCGGAGCAGAAGGCCCUGCUGGUGGUGCAGUGCAGCCUGCUGAAGAUCCUUAGUAAGAGUCUGGCCACGCUGCAGCACUUCACCCCUGACUACUGCCAGAUACUACUGGACCAGUGUAUGGACCUAGCAGAGUACAGGACCCUGUUUGUGCUUAGCUUCACCACCCCGGCAUUUGACUCUGAUGUGGCGCCCUCUUACGGAACCCUGCUGGCCACCAUCAACGUUGCCCUAAGCAUGCUGGGAGAGGUGGAGAAGAAGAAAGAGCCGGCCUCCCUGAGUGUUGCAUCCCUGACCUCGUCAGAGGAAACACAAAUCCUCAAAUCUCUGCUGAUGUUCACCAUGGAGAACUGUUUAUACGUGCUCAUCUCCCAGGCUGUUCGCUGUCUGAAGGACCCCAGCAUCGCCCCCAGAGACAAACAGAGACUCAAACAGGAGCUCAGUUCUGAACUGAGUACCCUCCUGUCCAGCCUGUCCCGUCACUUCCGCCGUGGCUCUGCAUCGUCCUCGGCCAGCAGUCUGCUGCCCUCCCCCCAGACCAAGCCCACCACCCCAGGCUCCAAGGCCAGCCACGAGGGUCAGGAGCCCUUCAUCCAGCUGGUGCAGGCCUUUGUACGCCACGUACAGAGAUAGACCCACCACGUGGAGCUUACGACUAGGGCGAGGUGGUUUUCCUGACGAGAGAACUCUGGUCACACAUGGCGUAUUCUGCUCACACGUUCAGAGGUUGACUGGUACUGACACAGAGCCUCUACCAUACUGACCUAGGACUGUACCAUCCACUUUGGGUGAAUCGCCCUUGUGGAUGAUGAUGAUUCUGUGUAGCACUUAACCGUUCUCUUCUGAAUGUGUACGUGCUGAAUGCUACUUUUCACGGUGCAACCGUGUCGGUUCAUUCUCUUCAGUUUGAAUCCAUUUUUAUCAAGCUAGUCAUUAUUAGAAUCUGCAGCACAAUGUUCUGACAUGGUGAACCAGUCAUUUGGGUCAUAUUCUAAGCCAGGGUACUGUAACAUCGGUCUUUGUGCCAAAGCCAUUUGGGUGUUUAAAAAAUACUCCCAUACAAAAUGGAGAUACAACCAAUGUGUUACACUUGAGAUUCUAGCCUAUACACCAGUGGGAAUGACCAAAGCCUAGGUCAAAACAGGAUACAGCUGCCUACAAGGGCCAGCCAAAAAAAGAAGUACAUUCUACAAUGAGAUACUGCAGAGAAUUGAAUUAGAUAGCUAGUAAUUAAGAUCUUGGUGCUAUUGAACAUCAGUCUCGUUGACUGUCCCGUCUUUCCAUCUGCCUAGUUUUAUAGGCUGUUUCUGACAAUAGUUGAUUAGUUUCAGAACUCCGUUAUGGUAUAGAAGCAACCCAGUUGAAACCAAGCCACAUUUAUGUAGAAACAACUUGUAGUAGUCUGAAGCUUGCCUAAGUGAGCUGCCCAGUUACUUUGUAUGUAUCUGCUAUUUUUCUACAUUUUGACAUAUAAUGCAUGGACGGAGGGAUGUUUUUCUGCUUUCUAUUCUUUUUUAAAUAUUCUCUAUGGUUUUCUUUGUGCUGUGAAGUUGUUUGCAUCUGCUUGUAUUUUCUGACUCAUCAUUUGUGCAUCAAGCACGAUACAUUACAAAGGAACUUCCAAGAUUUGUAUGUCUUUUUUUUAUUUUUAUAUGAUAAUAAAGUACCUUUUGUAGAGCAUUACCUUGUGUCUUCACGUAGCCCAGGACAAUUACAAAUGAGAACCCACAAGUCAAACAUUGAGGGAAAGACUAUUUUCAUAAAAUAGGUCUGGGUUCGAUCCCCGGGACCACCCAUACGUAAAAAUGUAUGCACACAUGACUGUAAGUCACUUUGGAUAAAAGCGUCUGCUAAAUGGCAUAUUAUUAUUAUAUUAUUAUAUUAGAUCAGUUAUAUCACAUACACAUGCAGAGAGAAGUUGACCAUGUUAGGGGGUUACACUUGCAAAUGUGUCUCUUAAAUUCUCAUUCUGACUCAUUCAGGUUCUAGCUUUAUAUCUGCUUUCAAGUUUGAGGUCUGAAAAAUUUGUGGGAAAUGUGUGUACGUAUAUGUAGUGUGUUGUUUGUGUGGGUGCACUGCAGUGGAGGCUCCUCAGAGGAGGAAG